AUGGCUUCAAGUUCAGACAACAAUCGUGGUAUUGAGUUUUAUCUCACGUCAUUAGUCAGAUACGAUCCAAGCAUCAAGGAAUUGGCUGAGCAAAUUGCCAAAGAUCCCACCUUUACUCUGUACCAAGUGCAUCAAGCUAAGUCCAAACGUGUCACUGGCUGCUAUGAAGCUGCAGUUAAACAAAAAUCCAGUGGCCAAAGUGAGGAUGAUGUUAUGAAGAUGGCACAUGCGAUUUUCUUCAAUGACCACAAGUCUAAAAGAAGAAAGAUUGAUGAUCAAUCUGCACAAUCAUCAACCAGUGUGCCUGUUGGGGAAGAAGAAGCAGUUGGUCGGCCAGCUGGUGUUAAAGCGGCAAAGGCGAAGAACAAACGCUCUGUGAGCAAGGAGGAAGGAGUAGUGGAUUUUCAGAAGAUGUGGGAGAUAAGAGAGAGAGACUAUGUUAUGAAAGACAAGCUUAACAAGCAAAAAAUACUUGAUAGCCUCAUUAAGAAGAUAGAGCCACUUACUGAGACUGAAAUUGCUUUGAAGAACAAGCUAAUUAAUGACAUGUUAGCAAGUUAG